AUGGUUCAUAACGAGAAAGCGAAGGUUGAUAUCAAGUUUGAUGACGUUGCUGAUAUAUUGCCUGGUAAAGAAAAUAUUUGUAUUAAGGGAAAAAUUCAUGUCAUUGUUACGAAGCAGCUUAUUUAUAUGUUUGAUUCCAAGCUUGGAGAGAGCCAAAGAUACGAGAUGUCGUAUUUCUCUGUUUUCCCGCUAAGUGGUUUCUACCGUACGACCCUUUACCCAUAUAAACUUUGUUCCAAAUUAAGACAAAGAGAGUAUGUAAGGGAUGACAAGAUGACUAAAAUGGUUAUUGUUGAGUUAACUUAUCACAAUGGUAAAUGUGAAUGUGGAUUGAUUGGUGACUAUGUUGAUGAUUUGAACAAGAAAAUGGGGAAAUCUAUGACCGGCUUGCCUAUUGUUGUUGUCCAAUUUGUCAAAGUGAAAUUUUUUAGAGAUAAUCUGGAAGUUGAAUCAUUUAAGAAUGUUAUUGUUGUCCAUGGUAUUGAGAGUGAUACCAUUGUUCCAUUGAUUGGAGAACGUGUUAAACAUCCUCUUGAUGAAGAAUUUCUUCGUAUGUAUCCCAUGAAAUUUAUUGCUGAGUUGGGUAAACUCUUUGAGGAUGGUAUGUUUGUUGUGUGUGUUGAGGUUGUUGGAAUAGUAGAUGCACAUGAUUGGUUGUAUCUGGCUUGCAAAUGUCACAAACGUGUUAUUCCUGAUUCAGAUGUCUAUUUUUGCAGUGCUAAUACUACAUGGGUUGUUUACUUUGAAGUUACUGAUGGUAAAACCACAUGUGUGUUUCUUCUAUUUGAUUCUGAGAUGAGUUACAUGAUUGAGAAAUCUUGUGCUUUUUUCGUUGCUCAGUCCAAGGCAGUUGUUUCUGAUGGUUCCUAUAGGGUCAAAAAAGUUUGUAUGAAUCCUACCAUUAUUGAAGCAUUUUGUUCUGAAGGUGGAUUUUUCACUCCAUCAAAGAUUCAUGAUCCAGUAAAAAGAUAA